AUGGGGCGCUCAGGCCCCCAGGACCUGAGCUGCGUGUCCUACAAACACCCGAGCGUGCGGGGCUCGCUGGGGGGCUCGGGGGGGGCCGUGGCCGGCACCGUUCGCUGCCCCCCCGGGCACUGCUGCGUCGGCAUCUGGAACCGCAGCCACGCUCUGGUGCAGGGCUGCUGGGGGGGCCGGGGGGUCGCCUGUCCCUCGGCCACCUGCGGCCCCAGCCCCGCGGGACACCCGGGCAGCUCCGUGCUCCUGUGCCUGUGCCACGGCCACCUCUGCAACGGCUUCGCCUCGGGGACAGCCACAGCCACAGCCAAAGAGCCUGGCUGGUGGUGGUCCGCCGAGAACCUGUGGCUGUGGGGUGCCGGCCCCCUCCUCCUCAUCCUCUUCAGCUGCCUGGGCAUCCUCGGACGGCGCCGGACCAGGGCCCGCACGGGGCAGUCACCGCGGGGGGGGCGCAGAACCGGGGUCCCCCCGGAGCCCCCCAGCCCGGACCUGCCUGUGCUGCACUUCCGGCAGGUGCUGCAGUCGGGCCGGUUCUCCGUGGUGUGGCGGGGGACGCUGCGCCAGCGGCCCGUGGCCAUCAAGGCGUUUGCGGCCGGGGCCGGCCGCAGGUUCGAGGCCGAGCUCGCCGUGCACACGCUGCCGCUGAUGGAGCACGAGAACGUGGCCAGGCUGCUGGACACCAGGGCGGCCGGACCCCGGGCACGAGGGGGGCUCCUGGUCCUGCAGCUCUACCCGGCCGGCUCCCUGCGCCACUUCUUGGGACAGCACGUGGGGACGUGGACGGGCAGCGUGCGCCUGGCGCUGUCCCUGGCCCGCGGCUUGGCCUUCCUGCACCAGGAGCUGUGGCGUGACGGGCUGUACAAACCCAGCGUGGCGCACCGGGACCUGAGCAGCCAGAACGUUCUGGUGCGGGAGGACGGCACCUGCGCCAUCGGCGACUUCGGGCUGGCGCUGGCGCUGCCGCCGCGCGCCCAGGACAGCACCGGCGCCCGGCACGCCGUCACCAUCCGCAAGGCGGGCACCCAGCGGUACCUGGCACCCGAGAUCCUGGACGAGAGCCUGGACCUGCGUGCCUGGGCGCCCUUCGCCCAACGCCGUUACCGGCGCCGACACAGGUAG